AGUGACGACUACGAUGACUGUCUACAGCCCACUGUUCAAGGCUCAAGCGAGGAUGGUGAUUCGCUGCCAUCUUUUAGUCAACGCCCUGUCUCGAAGACAGAGAAAUCCCGGAAGCAGAAUCUUCGCGAGCUCCGCGAGGAUUUUGAAUGUGACCCGGAGCUCUAUGGAAUAAGACGCUCAAAUCGCAGCAGGCGUGAGCCUGCUCGUUUUGAACCACCAAAGGCCGCUGAGUAUGAGCGGCAACCGAGAGCAAGGAAUCGCAUUUCAUCAGAAUCCGACUCGAGUGAGGAUAACUCUCCUGGUAAUAUGGGCCAUGGCAACACAUACAGGAAUCACAAUGGAAGGGCCUCUGAACGAACACGUGGUAUCAGAGUCAGCUAUAAAAGUGCUUUCGUCGAUGAGAGUGACUCUGAUGACGAAGGGGAAAUAACAAAUCGCAAACGACCGCCUAGCGGUAACUACAAUUCAUCGCUUCCCACUUCAAGAAAUCAGGCCCUGCUUCAGAGACCGAAGGGCUCCCUUAUACGCCUUGCUGGCAAGACCUCAGACAGGGCACACAUGUUGGAUGAAGGCAAAAACACAGAUACCUCUGAUGCUGAUUCGAUGUCUUACGCACCACAUGAAAAUUUCUCUGAUGAUGACGGACUGGAGUCCGGGGCUAGCGAUUCGAGACAAAAACCAGCUGAAUAUCUCGACGCCGACGAGGUGGACGUCAUUGAAGAGGUCCUCACCCACGCCAUUCGUCGAAUCGGUGCUACCGGAAAUCCCACCACUUUGUACAACUGUCGCAUGGAGCACGAUCCAAAUGAGGGGUUCGACCCGUCAAAAGAGAAGGGAGAGUUGCAGUUCCUAAUAAAAUGGCGUUCUUGGAGUCAUAUCCAUUCUACAUGGGAGACCGAAGCUUCGCUUUUGAGCCCUGAACGUGGUUGUCCCGUUGAUGGAAUGAAGAAGCUCUACGCAUACCGUGCUGCCAUGACAGAACGUCAAGACCGUGAGAAACGCGCAGAACAGGAUGAGUUAGAUGCCCUGGUGUACGAGGACGAGCGAAACGACCUGUUGUUGGCAGAAAAGAUGAAUGUCGAUCGUAUCGUGGCUCACAGUCGAGACAAGGAGCAGGGUUCGUUUGAUUAUCUUGUCAAGUGGCGACGACUAGAUUAUCGUUACUGUACUUGGGAGUCGGGAAGAGUGAUAAACUUCCUCUUUAAGGAUGCUGUUGAGGAGUACGAUAAGAGGCUGAAGUCGACUGCCCUCCCAAACCCUAAGCACGAAGCUUUGCGCAUACGGCCGAAGUUCGUUCGUCUUACAGAACAGCCAGCAUAUAUAGGUGCCGGCGGCGAGGGCCUCGAACUUCGGGAUUAUCAACUUAAGGGCCUGAAUUGGAUUGCUCAUGCAUGGACCCGAGGAAACAGUGUAAUUCUCGCCGAUGAAAUGGGGCUUGGAAAAACGGUGCAAGCUGUGAGUUUCCUCUCAUAUCUUUUCCAUGAGCAUCGAAUAUGUGGCGCCUUUUUGCUGGUUGUCCCACUGAGCACUGUCUGUAGUUGGCAAAGAGAGUUGGAACUUUGGGCUCCCCAGCUAAAUGCUAUAACGUACACUGGUGACCACAUAUCACGCCAACUCAUUCGUGAGCAUGAAUGGUCAAAUAAUUCCUCCGUUGGCGGACGUCGGCAGCAACUUUUGAAAUUUAAUGUCUGCGUAACUACCUACGAACUAUUGCUCAAGGACAGAUCUUGGCUUGGUCAGGUAUCCUGGGCCGCGCUUGUUGUAGACGAGGCCCAUCGUUUAAAGAAUGACGCAAGUCAGCUCUACAAGUCUUUAAUUUCUUUUGAUACUAAUACACGCCUCCUUAUAACCGGGACACCUCUGCAAAACUCCCUCAAAGAACUGUGGUCUCUUCUGCAUUUCCUUAUGCCUAAUCAAUUUGACGACUGGGAAAACUUUGAAGCCCAUUACAGCCUACAAAACCAGGACGGAAGUAACACUUAUGACGCCAUUCGAAGUUUGCACCGGUUGCUUGAACCAUUCUUGUUGCGCCGCGUAAAAAAGGAUGUGGAACAAUCACUGCCAGCCAAAACGGAACAGGUUCUUCGUAUAGAAAUGUCUAAGAGGCAGUCAACUAUCUACCGCCUCAUAUUAGCGCGCAACUAUGAUGGCCUCCUAAAAGUCACACAUGGUCACAAAACUUCCUUCAUAAAUAUCGUAAUGGAAUUGAAGAAGUGCUGCAACCAUGCCAACCUUAUCGCCCCUCCCCCGGAUUCCGAGCUUUUACGAAUGAAUCGGGAGGAGCUUUUGAAAUCCGUGCUUAGAGGAAGUGGAAAACUGAUGCUGCUUGAUAAACUCCUUUUGCGACUCAAACCAAAAGGCCACCGAGUUUUGAUUUUCAGCCAAAUGGUGCGUAUGUUGGAUAUCAUAGCAAAUUACCUCCAAUUGCGCGGAUGGAGUUUCCAGCGUUUGGACGGCUCAAUUCGCGGCGAACUUCGAAAACAGUCCCUUGACCAUUUCAACGCCGAGGGCUCCACUGACUUCUGUUUCCUCUUAUCAACACGGGCCGGCGGUUUGGGCAUAAAUCUAGCCACCGCAGAUACGGUUGUAAUUUUUGAUUCUGACUGGAAUCCUCAAAAUGAUAUACAAGCCCAGGCUAGGGCACAUCGAAUUGGCCAGAAAAAACAAGUCUCAGUUUACCGUCUUGUUGUAAAGGACUCAGUAGAAGAGAAAAUCAUUGAAAGUGCAACCCGCAAGAUGCUGCUUGAUCACCUGGUUAUACAAAGAAUGGAAACAGGCGGCGAAGGGGCCGACGUAGAGGUAGAUAUCGACGAUAUUUUGAAACGGGCGGAAACUCGGGAUACAGACAAUACAGAAGAUGCCUAUAAUCCCGCCAAUGCACUCCUCUCCACGUUUAGCGUCGUAACUCUGGAUCAACUGGAACCGGACGAAGAGACAAAGCCGGUGCAUAUAGAUCAGUCUGGAAAGUCAGCCGCUGGAAAAAGUUGGUCUGAGAUCAUCCCCUCCGACUUGCGGGAACAGGUAAAAAAUGAAAAUAGCAAACAAUCCCUGCUAGAGUUGGAGCUUGGUCCUCGCCGCCGUCGUCAGGUUAAAGCUUACCAAGCUGGUCUGGACAAUUAUAACAACUCAGAAUCGUCGUCAGAUAGCGAACGCACCACAGAUGAAAAACCAUCAUCAAAGUUUUCAGAUAAGGAAAUUCGUGCCUUAGUCAGGGCAGUAAAACGUUUUGCUCAUCCCCUUGAACGCAUCGACACCAUUGCUGCCGAAGCUGAACUACCGGAUCGAACAAGUAAUGAAGUUCGUGAAGUUGUUGAGUCAGUUUUGAAAGGAUGUCGGGCGGCAAUGGAAGCCUCGUUAAACAAAACCUCGGAAGAGCCUGGCGAUGGAAACGGUAAACACAAGGGUCCAGUUUAUUACUAUGGCAAUGUGGCAGUGUCAGCUCGGCCGCUACUACAGAGCUUAGAUGACCUUGAGAUUCUCCACAAAUGUCUCCCUUCUGGCUCGAAAGAAGACCGCCUGAAUUACGAGCUGCCUUUUUUGCCCAAGUUAGUUAAUUGGACGGCUCCAUGGGACGUCAGCGAUGAUGUCAGGCUGCUUGUCGGCGUAUAUGAACAUGGCUACGAUAACUGGGAGGCGAUCAAACUCGAUGCGGACCUUGGUUUGGGCUCGAAACUUUUGCCGCUUUCGGCGAACGAGCGACCACAAGCAAGCCACAUCCGGACACGGGUUGAUUACUUGCUGAAGAUGCUCACAAAGAAGGCAAACAAAGCAACAAAGGAAGGCAUAGGAAACCAUUCACAGAAGCACAGUUCGAAUGCAAAAGCUUCCGGUGAAACUGAAUCAGAAAACAAACGCCGCUCUAAGCGAGCGACUGCCGAAUCUCGACAUGCAGAUUCGUCUCGCAGUGCAGGACUGAAUCCAAAAUCUGACGAGUUUGUUGAAUCCGAUGACACGUCUUCCGAUUCCUCAGACGAAACUGAUCUCUCCGCCUUGACACCUAAACUAAAAGCUCCUCACCGAUCACUCAAACGAUCAAGAAUGACGCCGACUGUCGAUGAUGUAGAAAACAGUUCCAUCGAAGUGAAAAAGAAGAAAAGAAAAAUGCGUGAGAAGGCACCAGAACCCCUCCAUUUUACUGCUAAUCGAGAGCCUGUGGCGAUCAGCAAAGAAGAGGAGGAAGAGUUCCACAAGAUGCGUGGACCCCUUUUUGCUGAAUGCAAAGCGAAGUUGUAUCCCGUCAAAAAGCAGUUGAAGUUGCUGGAAUACUUUGAAGAUGAAGACAUGACAGACUCUGAGCAGUACGACAAGGCCAUCAUGAGGAUCGGGGAUCACAUUAGCUCAUUAACCAAAGAAAUGGUACACAAACACGAAAGGCGUUCUUGGAGAGGAUACUUUUGGGAAUUUGUGCAGAACUUCUCAAAGAAAGGUCCAUCUGAGUUGCAGCACGUCUAUCAUUCCGCUGUCAAACGUGAACGGAAAGCUUCUGAAAGAGAAAAAUAUCAAAAAAACUCCGAGAAAAAUUCGGCUGACAGGUCUGGACACGGUAAAAGCUGGAAUACAAACUUCACUUCUGCCAAUGACGGCGAAAAAUCCACCACGGACUCUGGAAUGAGGUUAUCUCGUCAAGAAUUCCCAUCGGAAAAGUCCGCUCGUCACGAUAGUUGUCACAAACGUCCAUCAGAUACUCGCUUUGAUUCCUAUUCCCGAAAAUCGGGAGAUUUCCGUUCUCACGAUUCGGACCGAUCUCUACAUGACAGUGAUCGUUACGGCGAUUGGAACCGUCGCGAUCGACCGCACCAUCGAAGAAGUGGCGAUUGGUCAGGCCAAUCCGGCUUGAACAAUGACAGGUAA